UUAUCAUUCCUUAAUGAUCCAAGCAUCCAGGAACAAAACAUCUGAUUUUCAUUAUUUUUUUAUAUAUUUAUUAAAUUGGCAACUGCAUAUAACACAAACAGGAAAGAUGGCGGAUACCGUAAUUGAUAAAGAAGGAAAUUAUAAAAAGAAAGGCUUGAAUCAUGCAGUUGUCUCUACCAGCAGCAAGCUGCCAGCAUCAGACAGAGAAAAGAGGAAACUUAGUUCUGAUCCAAGUGACAGUGAAGAGGAUGAUAUUGAUGGAGUUGCCAUGCUUGAAGAAGCUUUUCCUAAAAGGCAGAAGGUUAGCGUGGGAUUCAGCAAGACAUUUGGCUCUGUAACAUCAAUUGGUAACAGUGAUAAGAAAAAUCCAGCUCCUAUAACGAUCAAGUUAGGUGCUCAGAAAAAUAAAGAAGUGAAACCUACUUUAAAGAAAGCAAGUGCCUCUGUUGCUUCAGCAUUCAAUCAAGAAAGUGAUGAAGAAGAAGAAAUGCCACCAGAAGCUAGAAUGAGAAUGAGAAAUAUUGGGAGGGAUACCCCAACUUCUGCUGGUCCAAAUUCAUUUGGAAAAACACGCCAAGGUUUCUGUGAUGUAAAAAAAGUUUUUGAACGUCAAUUGAAAGAGAAAAUGGAAGAAGUUGGAGACAAAUAAUUGAUAUACCUUUGUAAACAUUUGUAAAUUACCAUCAUCAUAUUCGUCCCUAGCUUAUUGUUGGAAAGAUAUGUCUUAUAUGAGUCUGUAAUAUUAAAUGUAAUUGAAGUCUUUUUAUGUAAGUUUCUGCAUCAAUAACACCUGGCUUAGCAUUCAAUAUUUUUAAAAAUUAAAUUCAUCCCUUUUUUUAAAAAUAAUAAACUAAUAAAUAACAGUAGUGUAAUUAUUUAGCUUAAACGCAAGACAUUUGAUUAAAUUAUCAUUGGUCUGUUUAAGAAAUUUUUACUAUACAACAUCUUUUAAUUGAGCUUCCAAAUUUGUGUAAAAUAAAUAAAUAAAAAUUUACGCAAGGCAUGUUGAAAUUAAAUUAUUUGGAAUGUAUGAUUAAAGUUUUAUGAAUUGUACAUAAUGUAGCUUACAAAUUUAUUACAUGUUUCAAUCUAUGUCAUUGCAGCAUAUCCUUUAUUUAAUACCUAAUUUUUAUAAAUUUUAUUGUUAACAUAUAAUUUUAUAUAUAUUUCUCUUCUGUUGAAGAAAUAUGCGUAACUAUCUGUUAUUAUAAAUUACAUUUCUUUUUCUAUUUGCUUAAAUAUAUUUGAAUAGUGUUUUUUCUUCUGUCUACUAAGUCAUAACUAAUUAUAUUAAAUUCUGUUGGAUUCAUGUUGUGUAAUUUAAAAUAUCUUUUUAAUUAUAAAUUGUGUUUGUUAGUGAACAAAAUUUUUUUAAUUUUGUUUGUACUACUUUGAUAUAGGAAUUGUUAUAUAAUUGGGAUUAGAGUUUUAGUUAAAAAUUGAAUGUUUUGAGAAUGCUUGUUUUAAUACAAAAUGCUGACAUAUUGCAAAGAAAGAAUUUAUUUACAUUUUUCCAUUAGAAAAAAAAAAAGAAACAUAAUACAUAUUAGAAACAAUGUUAAAGGAAAAAAAUUCUAGGAUUUGUGGCUAACUUGAAUUUUAAGUAUUAAAUUGUUGAGACUAGAAGAUUCAUUGAUAUUCACUCAAUCUGUUUGAAAAUGAUUGUUUUCAUUUUAAAUUAGAUUUUUCCAAAAUUUCUCGCCUUUACCAGGAAUGAUUUUAGAGGAAGUAAUGUGAAAAAUGAUUGAUUUAACUUGUUUAUUGUUUCUUAUGUUUAUUUUACUUGUUCAACAUUUCUUAUAUUUGUUUGGUUUAUUAUUAAAAAUUGUUUUUUGUUUGUUUGAACGUCUGUUAAAAUUGUUUUGACUUUAUAUUUUUCUCCCAUAUUUUUGGUUUGAUAAUUGAACAAUCAGCUGCACUGUAUUUUUCACAAUAGUAGGACUGUUAAUAUAAGUAAUAAUAAAUUGCAAUGUAGUGUCAAAAAGAUAAAAUAAAAUUUGUCCUGUAA